AUGGCAGAAGGAUACCCAAGCUCUAAUAAUUGGCCCACCAUGAACUGGCAAGCGAAAGAUCUCGACAAAGAAUGGGAGCGAUUUUAUCAGCAUUGUGAAUUCGCAUUUGGAGGCCCGUUAAGCAAGUGCACAGAGAAGGAAAAGAUUUGCAAUCUCAUGAGUUUUGUGGGAGACAAAGGCCGCGAAAUGUACCUUACGUUUCAAUGGAACACAAUUCAAGUUGGAACAGGCGAAAAUACCCAACAAGUAAGUGAGAAAGAUAUUCUUGAUAAAGUUGCUGCAAAGUUCAAAGAACAAUUAGCAUCGAAGAAAAAUCCUAUUAUGGCAGCAGUUCAAUUUGACAGGAGGUGCCAAAAACAAGGAGAAACAUUUGACGAUUUUGUAACCGACCUGAAAUUAUUGGCUCGUGGCUUAGACAUUGAGCAAACAGACAAGCUAAUAAGAAAUGCUAUAGCAUGCAAGUCUUUUGACGAAAGGGUAAAACAACGGUGUUUGGAAAAGAGUAAAAACUUAACAUUAGAAACAGCCAUAAAUAUAGGGAGAUUAUUUGAAGCUACCAAAGAUGGAAUGCAAGUAAUCACAGGGGAAGAUCCAAACGUGACGGUGCAUGGAGUAUCAACAAAGCCCAACAGAUUUCCCAGACGCAAGCACCAAAUGAGGUCAAAUACACCUAGAUCCACGGAAAAAGAGUCACAAGCCCCAUCAAAGUGUCAAAGAUGUGGUUACAAUAGUCACAAACCACAAGAGAAAUGUCCAGCCAAGAACCAAACCUGCCGCAAGUGUGGAAAGAUGGGACACUUUGGUAGAGUGUGUAGAGGAGCAGAAAAGAAAAUACACGGCAUGGGUAAAGAUUCCUACUCUAGUGACGAAACAGACAGUUCUGAUGAUGAAUACCAGCAAGCCAAAAAUUUGCAUUUACUGCACCUCAGAGGCCUGAGGAUCCAUGAGGUUGGUAAUGAAAACGACAUGCCGAGAGAUAACGAGUGGUGGGAAACUGUUCAAGUUGGCCAUGGGAGAUUGCAAUGCCAACUGGAUACAGGUGCACAGGCUAGUGUCAUGACCGCUAAGCAGUUACAAAGUGUUGCUCCCAAUGCACGGAUUAAGAAAACACACAAGAGACUUGUGUCAUAUAGCCAACACCAGAUUGUGCCCAGAGGAUGCACCACAAUAAAAGUGAAACACAAGGAAAAAGAGAUCAAGGUGAAAUUCUUCAUCAUUGACAAGGCACAUAAUCCAAUCUUAUCUGGAAAAGUGUGCAAAGCCUUAAACCUAGUAAAGCGAAUACACGAAAUCGACCACAACCUUAAAGAGCUUCUUAUCCAACAUCCAGAUUUGGAAAAUGCAACAGGAUCGAUGCCAGGGACAUACUCGAUUAAGAUUGACCCAACAGUGACCCCUGUAGUACAUGGUCCAAGAAGGCAACCCGCAGCGCUCCUACCAAAGAUUACGAGCAAGCUAAAAGAAAUGGAAAAAGAGGGGCAUUUGGCAAAUGUAACCCAGCCCACAGAUUGGGUUAAUUCCAUGGUUGUCGCACAGAAAAGAGAGAAGAUCCGCAUCUGCAUCGACCCAUCCGACCUGAACAAAGCGAUAAAGCGAGAACACUACCCUAGUAAAACAGUGGAAGAAAUUACCACGAAAAUCCCCGGAGCCAAAGUGUUCUCAGUAUUGGAUGCCAAGAGUGGAUAUCUUCAAAUGAAGAUAGACUAUGAAUCCAGUCUCCUUACAACGAUGAACACACCGUUAGGUCGAUACCGUCGGUUAAAGCUACACUUUGGCAUCAAAUCCGCACCAGAGAUGUACCAGAGAGCAAUGGAUGACAUGUUAGAGGGAAUAGAAUAUGCAUAUGCCAUUAUGGAUGAUAUUCUGAUAGCUGGCCGUGACGUAGCGCAUCAUGAUGCUGUCUUACGACAAGUCCUUGAUCGUGCUCAGAGCUACAACUUGAAGUUAAACUUCGACAAGGUGAAGAUCAGGAAAAAGGAAGUGCCGUACGUGGGACAUCUCAUAUCAGCACAUGGGCUCAAACCGGAUCCCACGAAAGUCGAAGCGAUGAAAAACAUGCCAGCACCCGAGAACAAAGAUGAUGUCCGCCGUUUUCUGGGAUCAGUUCAAUACCUAGCCAAGUUCUUACCACGCUUGGCUGAGGUAGAAGAGCCGCUACGGCACCCAACAAAGAAAGAUACAGUCUUCCAUUGGGACAAACCACAGGAAAACGCUUUUCAACGCAUCAAAGAUCUAUGCUGCACAGCACCUAUGCUGGCCUAUUAUGAUGUCAAGAAGGAUGUCAAGAUACAAUGUGAUGCUAGCAAGAAUGCAGUCGCUGCUGUCCUUCUGCAAGAAGGCAAACCCAUAGCAUAUGCAUCUCGAAAGCUUCGUACAUCCGAGCUAAACUGGUCACCUAUUGAGAAAGAAAUGUUGGCGAUUGUGUUCAGCACAGGAAAUUCAGAGAAUACAUCCUAG